GAUACAUGUAAGUUGCACAUUUUAUUUCUUGCUAAUCAACUUUACUCUGCAUCACACACAAGUUCGAGCCAGAAAACAAUUACUCUCAUUCCCAACAUGGACCCACUGAGUAUAUCCGCAAGUUUGGUAGCCGUUCUCCAAAUCACAGGCUCCUUAAUAUCCUUCUGCUACGAUUAUCGUCAGGGCGCCAAACAUGCCUCGGAAGAAAUUGUCCAGAUUCAGGAUGAGUUGAAUAGCUUAAAAGGGUUAUUAGAUUCGUUACUUACAUUGGCAGAAAAGAGUGAGGCGGAUGGAAAACAACUUUACAUUCGAAUUGUUGUUAAAAGAUGAUGGGCCCCUCUCGAUGUGUAGAUUAGAGUUGGAAAAUUUGAGGAAGAAAAUGGAAAAAGGACGUGUGGGUAAAAAGGGUUGGAGGGGAUUGAAAAAUGUACUGGUCUGGCCACUGAAAGAGGGUGAGGUUAGGAAGACGUUGGGUGUUUUAGAGAGGUUGAAGAGUACGCUGCUGUUGGGGCUGAGUGCGGAUCAGACGUGAGUUGAUCGAAUUGUUUGAGGGAAAAUCGGGGAUGCUCAUAAUCUUGUAGGAAUUUGGCUUUGAAUCUUACGAAUAGGAUUGGGAAUCAGUUUGCAGGUAGGAAUACGUUCUCUUAUUUCGAUACUGUAGUAUAGACUUUAGCUCAGAGUCGAAGCCCGUGAAAGAUUGGGGAUGAUUGAAAUUGACACAUCAUAUAGAUCAAAUGAGUCGAGAUAUCUAUCAAUGGCUAGCAGCAUCAGAUCCGUUUCUUACUCAUGCUGCGACAUUGAAGAAGCAUCAACUGAAGACUGGAGCUUGGUUUUUAAUAAGUAAGCAAUACGAGGAAUGGUCUGUUGGUAACGGCUCAUUUUUAUGGCUUUUUGGUAUUCAUAAGUCAAAUAAUAUUGAGUGAUGAUAUUGACUGAUCAUUCAACCUUAGCUGAUAGUGGGGAGACUGUGUUGUGGUAACUAAUACUUUAAGUUUAUCCUGGACAAUAUACUCAUAUCUGUUUUUAGUUCUACAAUCAUAAAGCAUUUGAUCAGUCAAGUUCAGCAACAUCCUAACAUAGCACUCGCAUACUUUUACUUCGACUUCAACGGAGAUCUAACCGGCGCAGUCAAAUCAUUGAUUGCUCAACUCUCAGCGCAAAGUAAUGAUAUUCCUCGGCCACUGACAGAUCUUUUUGAGGAAUCACGCCUAAGGAAAUCAACGUCACCAACAGAUGAGGCACUUCUUGAAUGCCUUCGUAACAUUCUAUUAUCUUUCCAUCAUGUCUACAUUAUUUUCGAUGCACUUGAUGAAGCUGCCAGAAACGAAGAAGUCCUAUCAUUUAUUUCCACUAUCAAAUCAUGGCAAUAUCAAAGAUUACGCUUGUUAGUCAGUAGUCGACAAUUAGCAGAAAUCGAAGACGUCUUGUCUCCCUUGUCAGUGGUCGACUUUGCUUACAAGAUUCUAUUUCAGCAAGAGUUGAUAUUAAAUAUUUCGUCUCCGAGAAAAUGGAGCACGAUAAAAUUAUAUCGAAAUGGCCCCGAGAUAUUCGGACCCAAGUCGAGCUCAAGCUAAUUCGUGAAGGGGACGGCAUGUAAGUACAUAAGAUCUCCGCCGUGAAUAUGAGGACAGCUUUUAAGUGAUGACACAGGUUUCGAUGGGUGGCUUGCCAAUUAGAUAUGUUCCAAAAAUGCACAAGCGUGUCAGCAAUACGAAAAGCGAUGAAAACAUUGCCCAAAAGUCUAGACGAGACCUACGCGCGAAUAUUACAACAGAUCGAUAUCCAACAUCAGUCAGAGGUUUCAAAAAUUCUUCAAGCUCUUACCGUAGCUGUAAAACCACUAAAUUUUGAGGAACUGGUAGAAAUUCUAGCCAUAGAUUUUGAUUCUGAUCCACCGUGCUUUGAUCAAGACUCUCGACUUCUCGAUCCCGAAAUAGUCCUUACUAUAUGCUCAUCCCUCAUAACCAAAAGUGGUCCAAGCUCAAGACAAGAUGAGGAUGAAAAGGCUAGAUGGGAGAGUGAUCUGCUUAAGCAGAAAUUUGGGUAUGUUUCACCUCCCGUGAAACUUGCACAUGCAUCUGUAGCAGAUUAUAUCACACACUCAAAGUCAUCGCCCUUCCACUUCACUCAACAUGCUGCUCGCCAAUUUAUGGCUCAAGCUUGUCUCGCGUACCUACUCAAUCGUGAAUUUUCCCGAGGACAUGACCGACAACUACUCAGGAGCCGCCGUCGAGAUUAUCCUUUCCUUCGUCACAUCACCUUAAACCGGCCACGAUAUGUCAACAAAGCACCUGGCGAUCCUGUAGACUAUCUUCUACCCCGUACUCAACAGCUCCUCCACGCUUUUUUUGAAACUCACAAUCUUCCAAAUGGCGGCAACUUCACUUUCUGGCUUGGCAUGAUCAUGCCAUCGGCUCCUGCUGAAGAUUCAUAUGUGACGAGAACACAUCCUCUAUAUUAUGCAGCGUCUUUUGGGCUUGCAGACAUUGUUCGCAUAAUUCUAGACACCGAGACAAAUGUUAAUAUUGAUGAGCUUGGAGGCAGAGCAUAUGCGACCGCUCUACAUGUCGCUUGUUACAGAAGCCAUCUUGAGGUUGUCAGAAUUUUGCUAGAGCGAGGCGCUGAUCCGGAUAUUCCUAAUAAUGUUGGGGAAAGUCCUAUCUAUUGGGCCAAUUUCUAUGAUCCGAAAGGAGAGAUAAUGGAGUUGUUGUUGAACCAUGGCGCAAGCUGGGGGAGACGUCCAAGAGACUCUUCUGUGAACGGAAAUCGGAAAGUUCCUGCCGAGUAGUGUUACCGGUCAUCCCCGACAGAUGUAUCUUAUCCAAAAAAUAUAGCAGAUAACAAAAUCAUACUGAUGAAUCCACUAUCAUCCACAGUUCUAGUUUGGACUUGAUGGUGGGACAUGCACGCACGGAGGCACGAUACUGAAGAUGGUUGACUCCAUUGUCGCCCCACAAUCUAUAUCCAAACGGAGUAUGCCUGCGGGCCGGUGGGAGAGUGGACAAAGACAGAUGCCCCUGUUGAUAACAGGGCAGUUGGCAAAAGGCGGGGUUAAGCAAGUAAGGUACGAGUGAAGUUACAACAGUUGUCAAUUGCUGUUGUCCAACGGUGUUUACAAAAUUAACGAGGAUGUGCAGUCACUUCAUUAUGCCAAUAGAAUUUCGCAGCGUCGCCAAUUCGUCAUCUCAUUCUCAAACAUUCAGAGGAGUACAAGGAAACGAAUGCGUAAGAUUCAGUGAAACAUUCAACAUUGCUAAAUGCUAUCUAGAGGAUAUCACAUAAGUCGCCUUAAAAUAUGCAAUCCUAAAUCGUUGAGUUUCCCGACGAGGACUAACUCAGUGCAGACAAGAAGAUGAAAGUGGAUAGAAGCUGGAAAGAAAGGAAUAGACAACAGAAGAAGUGUUUGGAGGAAGGAUGCAACCUUUUCCAUUCACGGCUCUGGCGCUCGAGUGUUUGAGCAGCUAAGUUGUUGGAUACUUGAGUAUACCAACCUACUGGUUUUCCCCUCUUUCAUCAUACUCGUGCCAAGUCAGUCCAUUGUCGCUCGCCUGAUGUGGACAGUACUUAGGGAACAAGAAAUCGAGUUAGCAACUAUUAUGGCUGCGUCUAGUUUGGAUGAGCGACCUGUCAAUGAGGAUGUAUCAAGGCAAAACUUGAUUCUAUAACUCCUGCUGGCCUCGGAACAACGCGUAUAGAAUGAGAAUAAUGUCCUCCAAGUUUCCAAAGGAGAAAAUAACUGUUCCCAUGUUGUAAACAGUUCAGUACCUCGCGACUGGCAUAUUUCUGAGAUGGCGGAAUCGUGGCGAUUUGGCACGGAAAUGACAGAAAAUACGACAUCUAGUUUAGAAAUGACAAAUACCACUAAACACAACGACUUCCUUCAAC